UCGAAUUAAAAUUAAAGAAAAUAAAUCCUUUUUCGAUUAUCGUUCAAAUAUCGUAAAUACAAGCAAGUAUUUUAUACGAAUACAAGAAACGAAUAAUUAAAAGAUGAUCAACGUGUCGAGCUCGAGUGAUAAUUUAUCAAUCAAAUUCAAAAAUAACUUAAGUGAAAAGCUAUGUUAGAUCACGAUUGAUCACGUAAUUUUAUUUUUGAAAUUAAUUUUUUUAAAAGAUAAAUGAUAUUUCACCCCUCGGUAAAUUUUGAAUGUUUAAUUUAAACGUAUUUGAAACUUGAGUUCAGAAAAGCAGUGAACGAUAAAAUUUACAAUUUAAAAAAAAAAUUGUGAAUAAAAUUUUAAUAGGAAAAAUUAUUCACAUGUUUUUAUUAUUAUUCACAUAUCUCGUUUUUUGCAUUUGUAAUAUUUUUCCACCGAGCCGUUUAUUUUAAUAAUGCUUAUCAUUUUACGUGUCCCUCGAUCGAACGGCCAUGGUCGUACGAAACAGACGACGGAAAUAUAAUUUCUGGUUAGAAACGACAAAUAUUGGCACAAUCGUACAAAUACAAUUCCCAACUUUGUAAUUACAUUCAUCUAUCCAUAUAGUAUAGUAUAAUCGCGAAUUUCAGUUACAGAUCGACGCGACAAUAAACGAGGGUACACAACCGUGUGAUUUACCAAUUACUCUUUAAGCUAUAUAUAUAUAUAUAUCAAUUCGACUAAGAAUUCUUCUCGUCACGUACGCCAGUAACAUAUGUGAGAUAUUACAAUACAGCACGACACAGGUGUAGCACGGAACUAUCUCCUAAUCACCUGAAACAUUGGAUCAAUAUGACAGUCGAAAUCAAUUAAAAAAUCUAUCAUCUUUUAACUUUAAUUAUUAUUCUUAACUAAUUUACCGACGAAUGAUAAAACGAUCGAUUCUCGUACAGAAUUUUCAAUCAGCAUAUUUUCUCGAUUCUAUGAAUAUUCUAUGAAUAUUUUAUGAAUUUUAUAAACUAUAUAAAUUUUUCAUAUAUUUUAUUCAAAUUAAUAACUAAUAUUAUAACAAGGUUAAUAAUUAUGCGCGAUAAACUUUCACUCUUCGAUCGUAUUUAUACGAACGUAGCCACGCGUCGUAAAUCUACGAAACAAUCGCGUUAACGCGCAUAGUACACGUGUGUCGUAGUAUACGGGGAAAGGGGUCGCUUGAAAAAUGCGGUGAGCCAGCCAAAUCCUGAUAGAGCCAGCAGUGAUUCGACGAACUCCCUCGGCAGAAAUCCAACCAUUUAAACGUCCUUCGUCUCGAUGUUCUUUCUUUUGUUCCCUAACUUCGAUCCGUUUCAGGUUAGUCUCCGUGGGGAAUUGAGAGAAAGAUGAGAGACGAAAGCACAGUUUGGGAUAAGAAUUAUACUACCGCUUGUUGGCGCACACUGAACGAGCGCUAUUGAUUUUAAGUAAUCGCUUAAAUAGCGUCAGUGGCCUGUGCAACGGUCUGCCAUCGAGCAAACGACAUAGACAAGCUUAACCCACGUUCGUCGAAACCGUUCGUUUUUGACACCAUCAAGUUUCAUCUUAUCGUUAAUCUUUCUACUUUCUUCUAGUUUCUCUCUACUUUUUCACUCGUUAUCUAUAUCCUGACCGAUUUGUCGACACUGUGAAUCGAUAUCUAGGCGGAUCUCGCUCAAGAAGAAGUCUCUAUAUGAUAUAUAGACUCAUAUCGGUAUAAGGAUCGAAAGAUACAUAGUUAAAUUCUGGAUAUAUUGGAUGAGCAUCGAACAUCUUUAUAGAAGGAUUCUUUGAAGUUUCGCGUCCAUUAAGAGUGCAUUACGCGAGAACGUAUGAGCGCGAAGACACGUGCACUUGUCGCCUCGGACGAUCAAUUAACCUUAAAAGGGUCCUUUAGGUAAAAUUCCUCGACGUAUACGUACGUACAUACGUGUAUGUAUGUAUAUAUAUAUAUAUAUAUAUAUAUAUAUAUAUAUGGUACAUAAUGGAUGGCAGCGUCCUUCGUCAUUCUCCAUCGUAAUGUCACUUUUACUUCUCGUUGUAGGCAGAUUUAGCAUCCUCCCCCUGUCCUCAAUCUCUCCGACUUCUUCGAGCGAACCUGACUUUCCUCCACGGAAGGAAUAUCUUCAUUUUCCGUAUAAUUUCCACGAGAGAUGACGGAAAAGGAAGGAGAUCCUGUAGAUCCCUUCGUGGUGAAGAUACGAUAGUACCGAAGCGAGGUUAGAAAAGCGUACGCAAAUUUUUCGAGGUUAGAAUGUGAACGCGAAGAACUGAGAAUCGCGUGGACGGAAGGAAGAAAACGGAUGGGAGGGAAUAAAAGAAGGAUGAUUUUUCUAGGGCUACGUGCGAUCGUAGCUGAAAAACGACACCGACGAGGAGAGAGAGACAACGUCUGUGGCGGUUGAUGGUAGCCGAUAGACGAUACCGUAACCACUGUUGCCGAUCUUUUCUCUUUCUCUGCCGCUCCCUCUGCAUCAUCCUCUGCUCUUCCUCCCCCCUGGCAAGCCAGCCGUAAUCUGGCAGUGCAUUUAACCACUUUGUGAAAUAGCCGUAUAUCUCGCCACUGUGACGUAGCAUUCGAUACGUCGAAAAGGAUGGUCGGUGGGUUGAAGGUAGCACGAGGGAGGGGGGGGGGGAAAGAGAGAAAGGAAGAAGAAAGAGAGUUGGGUGGGGGAGGUGAGGUCAGGAGACUCGGUAGGAAAACGUGGAAUAGAUUGGGGAAAGAGGAGCCACGGCGCGGCGCGGCAGUCAGGAGUAGCUAGUGGCUAGUAGGUUGUGCGCGCGCCCGUACACCCUGUGUAUCCUAUUUAGAGGAGGUGGAAGGUGGCCAAGGUGGGGAUCGUUUCGAUGGUGGUGGGGGAAUAGAAACGAUCCCUACUAUAGUCGGUUCUAGCCGGUUGGGAGAGCGCGCACAAGAGUUGUGUCUGUAAGGGAGUGGCGGGGGAGGGGUGGAGGUAUCGGGUGGAGGGGGCCGAAGCGGAGCGGAUUCGGGCGAGGGGGUGAAGGAUGCUGGUGGAUGAGACUGGAGGAGAGGAAAGGCGCCGUAAGGGGUGCUCGGAAUCACGGUGGUAGUGUGUAUACACCUUGUGUAUAUAGUCUAGCCAGAGUGGAAGAAGGGUGCGCCCUACUUCGCGUCGGCGUUUUCCCUCCUGGCAGUGUGCAACGACGUGCCGAAAGAAGGACAGAGAGAAAGCGAGCAGAGGCUAUCUCUUCGGUUCGGUGCCGGGCUUUUCAUAGUCUCUCAUUUCACGACGAGCGUCCGUGGUAUCGGUUCGAGUGUUUUGCGCGUUUCGAUGAAUAUUCGGAGGUGAAAAGAGUAGGGAAAAAAAAAAGGAAAGAGGAAAGAGGAAGGAAGAAAGAAGGGAAAAGAAGGAGAGAAGCGACUGCGAAAACAGAUAUCGGCGGAUACGAACCAGGGAAGAUCGCCUGGCACGGACAACGCCUCGGAUACAAAGUAGUGCGAGCACGAGAGAGAGAGAGAGAGAGAGAGAGAGAAAGCUCUCCUGUCUGUUUCGCGAGGAUAUUCCGGUGGUUCGCGUGAUACGCGAUACAUGGAAGGUGGUGGUGCGAAGUACCGUAUCGUCGAGAGUGUUAUUACCAUUAUUGGUUUUGAUCGCGGUGGUGAAUCGUAUAGGUGUAGUUCUCGUCAGCCUCGCGGCAAGUGCACGUUGAUCGACGCGUUUACGUAAGAACGACGGACGCUCGUGGUGUAUGCUUACUCGUACGUGGCUCGUAUGUAUCUCAAUGUGCGCGCGCGCGUGUGACAAGCACCGACAAAUACGGGAAGAGGAGCGAGGAAGGGAGACAGUUCUCGCCAAUUCCUGAGAUUUUACUGAGAAUAAUUCGGCGAUUGAUAUCGUGGAUUUUUCGUGGAUCAGAGAGAAAAGGGAUCGUCGAUCGCCUCGACGAAUCAACAGGAUUCACGAAUGGACGAGCCGAGACCGUUCAAUCCCGUCCCUCUUAUUUGCAUAAUUAACCGUGCUGUACUGCAACAGCCACACGGAGAGAAGGGUUCCUAUAAACUUUGGCACAAGUGAUGAUAAUUAUUCGACGAUAACUCGUAACGUGUAUCGCCGAGAAAGGGAUAAUAAUCAGGGGGGGGGAUAAACUCGUGUCUCGUGUCACCGCGAAAUACGAGGAGCGGGGAAAAGGAAAAAAUGGACGUAAGAAUAUUCUCGGACGAGCGAGAAUAACGUGUCUCGCUUAUUGAUGCGUUCGGCGAGGCUGGAAGAAGAUAAGAUCCGGGGAGGGACUAGGACCAGCAAUAUUCGACAAUAACAAAACGCGUCCGUCAUGAAAAUCUUGAUAUUCUUUCUCUACGUGACAACGUUGCUGGGCAUUGUGACCAGCGACAAGUGCGCCGUCGAGUGUUCUUGCAAGUGGAAGAGCGGGAAGCGCACGGUCGAGUGUGUAAAUCGUGCCCUGACCAGCAUACCGGAGUGGGUCGAUCCGGAGACGCAAGUGUUGGACACGAGCGGCAACGACAUUCGCACUCUGCCGAGCAACAUCUUCGUACGCGUACGGUUGACGAAUCUACAGCGUCUCUACCUACGCGAGUGCCGUAUCGACCGAAUCGAUAGCGAGGCACUGGCGGGCCUUACGAAUCUCGUUGAACUCGAUUUAAGCCAUAACCUCUUAACCGUAGUCCCGACCGCCAGUUUCUUGGACACGCCGUUCCUCAGGGACCUCGUACUCUCCUACAAUCCCCUGAAGAGGGUCCACUCGCACGCGUUCAAGAGUACACCGAAUUUGGUGAAGUUGGACUUGUCUCACACGCAACUGGUCGAAAUCGAGGCGAAAGGGUUUCGCGGGUUGGAUUUGCUGGAAAGUUUGAAGUUGAACAACAAUCAAUUGUCGACCCUUCACCCGGGCACGUUCGAGCCGUUGAACAAACUCACCAGUAUAGAGUUGCACGACAAUCCGUGGAUUUGCGAUUGUCAUUUACGCGAGAUGAAAAUGUGGCUGGUCAAGCACAAUCUGCCCACCCUUCAAGCGCCCCUUUGUCGCGGCCCGAGACAGUUGAUGAACCGAACAUUUACCGAUUUGGGUAUCGACGAUUUCGCUUGCCGGCCGAUCCUGUUGAUAGCGAGCCGCUACGCCGAGGCGACGAUCGGCGAGAAUGCCAGCAUUGUGUGCAGAGUUAGCGCGAUACCGCCUGCAAAGGUGAAAUGGUACUGGAACGGGCGAUUGUUGACCAAUCAUUCGGCGUUUAGCAGUUACCAGAAGAUCUUGAUCUUCGAAGAUGGCCAGUUCCGGAAAAGAAGCACGUUGGUAUUGACGAACGCACAGGAGGCUGAUUCCAGCGAGUUCUAUUGCGUGGCGGAGAACCGUGCCGGCACCGUCGAGGCCAAUUUCACUCUUCACGUAUCUUUAAGAACUGCCGGUAUGUCCACCCUUGGCUCCGGUCAUAUAGCCGGUAUAUCGGCCGCGUUGGUAGUGUUGAUUCUCUUCAUCCUCCUCGUCAUUCUCGUGUUGUUCGUUCGUUUUCGAAGAAUGCCAGUGAAGGACGUGAAAUCAGCUGUACCGGCGGAGGGUGUGUCGGGCGACAGCGCGGGCGGGAAUAACGAGAAUAACCCGUCGUCAGCGACGUCCACCACUCGUAGAAAACACGAGGAGAUCGAGACGACGUCGUUCGGCGUUGAAUCGAAGCCACCGCCGGUGUCCUUAACCCUGAGCUACGUGCAAAGACCUCAGGCGGCGUUGUUGCAAACGGAGAACGAGUACGGCGCGAGUAUCGGCCGUUUCGACGAUCACAGCCAACAGCCGUCUGUGAUGGUUGCGCCGGGUGCUUGUUUCUCGUCCACCACGUCGCUAAUGCCGAUCGACAAUCCCGAUCUUAUCAGGGACACGCGACGCGGCUCGGCCGAAGAUAUCACACCGUACGGCGGGGCGGACUAUAGUCGUAUGGAAGUGGUGGACGAUGCGAAGAUCCUAUACUCGAGUUGUAUGUGGGAGGCGAGGGAUACGUGCAGAACAACGGUUCCGGUGAGCACGUACCCCUCGAAGGAAACCCUGGCCGUAGUCGCGCCUAUGGUCGAGCAAUUCCCGCCUGGCGCGAAGCAAAUAAGAGUGUGGCAGAAAGGGGUUCCGGUUUUACCGCCUGUGUCAGCGUUGAAACGUGUCCUCGGAUCGACGCGUAGCUCCCCCGACGAGGGUUAUCAAGAAGGGACUGGAACCGAUGUCUAGGUACCGCUGCUUCAUUACUGUGACGCCCGGCACCGUUACCUGGAGCUUCGUAGACGCCACCAGGACGACACCGACUGCUGAGAGGGACGGGUCCUGUCCAGUGCCGGACGAGCGGUAGUGAAACGAAAUAAAAAAAAAAAUUUCAUGAUUUAUUUAAUUAUUGAACUCCGUCGCGAUACGGACACGGACGUCGACCUGUCACGUGAAUUGCGUAUACAUAUGAUAUAUAUACACCACAUACCACUCGUACAUAGAGUAUAUAGAACGAGAGAGUGAUCGAUGAAACGGUUCGAGAUAUAUUCCGUGGAUAUACAUAUGUGUAUAGAAAGGGUGGGAGGUACGAAAAUGGGAAGUCGUUCCGUCGACCCAGUGGAAACGAACGUCCACUUGUCGUGAGAUUUACGUAUAGUGGUCGAUAAAAUAGUUAAAGGUGUCGUCGUGACUAAUGCACGGAACACGUAAAACGAAGAAUCUGUCGAGGUUUCGAUCGAUAAAAUCACCAUCUGCCAGUUCUCGAGAAAUAACGCCGCUCUCGACGAUCCGAGGACUUCGUUUCCAAACGCGUUUUGUGUGUUCGACGUGUACGAAGUACGAAGGAUAAUAAUAUACACGGAACGAUUGAGUUUGAUCUGGUAAAAGAAAUAUCGUUUCGAUAGUCUUGCAGCACAAUGUUGACGGGUAAUAUAAUUUCUAUAAGAACGAUUUAAGAUACGCGAUGAGAAAGCGAAGAAAGAAAGAAAUUAAGAAAAAGAAAAAUGAAAUAAAGAAGAAUAAGAAUAAGGAUACGGUAUAAACUUACCGUUUCUUAAAAUAAUGAAUACGAGAAGACUGCAGUGCAUGUUCCGAAGAAUGUGUAGAUAGAGACUGACGUGAGAGAAUUUCUAUUACCGUGUGUGUUUGGCUACCGUGUAUAUACUACGCACGUGGAUUUUCUAGUCAAUUUCGAAGAUAUAAUUUAGAGGUUAGGUGAUUUGGUUAUGGUGCGAGCACGACGACAAUACGAAAUCGAGAAUACGGCUGACGUGCUGUUACGUAUCAUCACAGUGACGAUGCAUCCAGAAAAUUAAUUCGAGUCUUCGUCGCGCACCUAACAAUUCGACGAUCAGAUCAUUUUUAAUUUAAUAUUAACGGUACGUACGAAUUAAGAACAUAUUACGUUUUGUCGUAUUUUGAAAUAAGAUCGAGUAUCGAAUCGAUCGAUUUGAUUCGGAAUAACGAACGGAAACGCGACAUACGAGAGAGUCGAUAUUGUCAGAUCGGAUAGUUAUUGAUGUUCGUGUUCGAGGACGAAAAUUCACGGAAACGAUAGAGCGUGAAAUAUGACGUCGGGUACACGUCUGGAUCGGUCGUUGCAAUUCUCUUGACGAUAAAUUAAUUUAUUUUGUCGCGUGUUAGAAACCGUUUAAAAUAUAUUCGUGUAACGACAUAUUGUCUUUUUCGAUAUCGAUUCAUCGAGUUCUUAAAAACAUUAAUAUGUCGAUGGUAAUAUCGUAUCGUGUAUACAUCGAUAUAUAUCGAAAUUGUUGAUGCUUCAACAUUACAUAUCGUCUAUCACAUAUCGAAUAUAUUUGUUUGUUGGACAAUUUAAUCAAAGAUUAAUUAAAGAUUUAAACGAAUAAGAAGAAGAAAAAAAAUAGUAAGAAAAAAAUCACCAGAAUGUAUCCGUCGUCGUUCGAUCUCUGUCUGUUUUUUUGUAUUACUCGGAGCCAAUAGAAUCAAUUACAUAAGACUGUAUAGUAAGCAUAGGAAGCCCGUAAGCCAAUUGCAAGCGAAUAUAAACUAUUGCUCAAACACUGAAACGAGGAGCUUGCGAUUGGUUGACCGGCUCAUGCCUCGCGUUAGUGUCUUACGUAAGUGAGUCUGUGUGUGUUGAUCUAGGCACUUUGGCGGUAAGCGGUAAGCCAAAACGCCAAUUGCGAAUAUCGGUCAGUUAUCAACCUGUGUCUGUGUUAUGUCCUGUGUGUUUCGCGUGUGUAUGAAUUGGCCCAAGUAGUUCGUACAUGCUUGAGAGCCUUGUGCCUGAAUAUACGUAUGAACAUAUGUGAUAAUAUGAUUAUGUGUACAUGUGAAUAUAUGAGUGUAUGAGUGUAACAGUGUAUACGUGUGCUCGCGUGCGACGGAGAGAUCGAGGGUGAGAUAGUGUAUUGCGAUACAGUGCUUGUAAUUGCUACCGAUUGGUUUAUCGCAUAUCGUUCAGAUCGGCUGCUUUUCUCUGUUCAAUGAUUCUGGAAUCGUUCAACGUAUCCGUGAUGAGGUAAAAAAAAAAACAAAGUAAAAAAAAAAAAAAAAAUCGAGGAAAAAAAUACCAUGUCAAAUACACCGGUUCUAUCGAAUCACAUAUUUUACGUGGAUCGAUAAUACGUGGUACAGGCUGGAGAACACGACAGAACACGUUUCUAGUGGUCAUUUUAUUCGUCGACGAACGAGCCCACGGGUUUAUUGGUUGUUUCCCGACCGGUAUCUCGGCCAAAUCACGGUAAUCGCGGUGAAAACACGUGACAACCGAGGCACGAGAACGCAUUCAAUGAAAUUCAUUAGGAUAAUUUUUUUUUAUUCCAAUCGAAUUUAACUUUAUUCGCUACAAUUCGUAACGGAAAUAAUACGCGUAGAAUAUGCUCGAAUGAAAUUUAAAACUAGGGAAUCUAGAGAAUUUAUGUUGCACAGUUUUCCAUAACACGAAAGUUACUGUCACAAGACAAUUAGCUGUCUUUUUUCUUGGAAAAUAAGAUGUCUAGAAUAAUUUAUGCAUAUCAUAAUUUCAAUGAAUUAGAAGAUAUGUUUAAUACAGAAAUUUUAUAUUCGGUCUUUCUGAAAUAUGCUGCAAGAAUAUUGUUCCUUAAUCAUUUUAUUCCUAUUCGUUUACCCUUUGUUUGAUUUACUAUAAAUAAAUAAUUGAUUUAUACGAUAUUAUAUAAUGCCAUUAGCCACGGCAUAUAGAAAUGUUAAUUAUUUUAUCGUUCAGAAAAUUUUUGCGACGUCAUUGCGAUAUUUAAAGACUUAUUUGCCUAUUUAUCGAAAGUAUGAAAGAAUGAUAUUUAUUGCAGAUUGUUUUUUUUUUUUUUUCAUUUUUUUUCGCUAAUAUGAAACUCGAUUUUUCUUUAUCAAUUUCUAGAUAUAGAUCAAAAUAACCUUUGCUUUUAUAUUUUAUUAAAUAAAUAAGUAAAUACUUUUCUCCAUAUAUUAAUAUGACAAUUGAAAUUAAAAUUUAUUAUUACAAUUAUAAACGAAAAAGUUUGUUCAUAUAAAAUAAUGAAUUAUAAUGAACAAUCAAAUUAUUCACUCUCAGAAACUCUUUUAAUCCUAUCAUACGGUUUAAUAAUUUUAGAAAAUACUCGUAUACCAUCCAAAUACAUAUUAUGAUAUAUCGUACCGUAUUAAUGAAAUCAUAUGGUAACACGUAUGUUUUAUUCUUAAUUGUACAAACAUCAAUAUAGCGACUAUAUUAUUAAUGUUUUAUAAUUUUAUCUUAAUUUUAAUAUUUUUCCUAUUCUAACAAUCUAUUAUCAACUCUCGAUCGAAUACCAAAGUUAAUUGUUUAAAAACGUAAGUCAACAACGAUAAAUAUAAUUAAGUCAGAUUUGAUAAAUAAAAUAGAUCGAUUAAAAAAGGCCGAGUCACGAUGCAUAUUUUAAAUCUCACGCGAAAAUGAAAAUGACACGGUUCAUUAAUGCCUUAGCGAUAAUGACGUCAUGAAUUUUGAAAAGUCGAAGCGCGCUCGAGUUUUCGUCAUAGUACAUCCGGUGUAAAUAUGCACGAUACAUAUUUCGACCCACAUGACGAAUAGAAAAGCAUUUGUCGUCAUUCUUUUUUUCAUAUAUUAUACCAACGGUAUCAAUAGGAAUUUUUUUUUUUUUUUUUCUGCAUGGAAUUAUGCUUUGACUAUAAUCUGCACUAGUUACGAAAUGAAAGAAUGAACGAGUAAAA